AUGGCAUCUUCUGUCUCGAGACUGCAACACAAAAGUUGGACCAAUGGGUCUUACUUAAUCUCAACCGAUACAUCCUUGAUCCCUGUUCCGACAUUGAACGCAUGGUUCGCAAGCGACGAUUGGUACUGGGCAAAGGCGAUACCAGAGCAAGUCUUGCAUGAAACCUUACAGCAGUCUCUUUGUUUUGGCAUGUAUCAUGAGUCAGACGAGGCCUCUAAAGAGUCAGAGUUCAUGGGUUUCGCGAGAUGUAUCACAGACUUCACGACAUUCAUUUACCUCACGGAUGUUUAUGUGCUACCUUCGCACCAAGGCCGUGGGCUAGGAAAAUGGCUUAUGAAAUGCGUGCAGGAAGUUAUUGAGUCCAUGCCAUAUCUUAGACGGUCAUUGUUGUUUACGGAAGAUUGGAAACGAUCCGUGCCUUUCUAUAAGGAUCUUUUGGGUAUGGAUUUGCUUCAAAGCAAGCCGCCAACUGAUGAAAGUGAGGGUGAAGGAUUGGCUGUUCUAAUGCGGAAAGGCAAAGGCAACCCUGGCUACCAGGAGACUUGA